AGCGCACAAGUUUGCAGAGUUCCGUGGCAGAGCAAAACACUCGGGACUGUUGUGGAGCAAUCUGAAAGAGCUUAGUGACUUUAACUCAACCAGACUUUUGAGCACUCUUUGAGCAACUUUUUGACUGACCACCGGCUACUUCAGGUUUCUUCACGCUUUUUUAUUUCAGGUGCUUGUCACCGCUUUUAAGGCGUUUAAAUGUAUAACAUGAUGGAAACCGAGAUCAAAAGUCCCCUUCCGCAGUCCAACACGGCGGCGGGCGGCAAAAACAGCAGUGCCAAUGACCAGGACCGGGUGAAGCGGCCUAUGAAUGCUUUCAUGGUGUGGUCUCGUGGACAGCGGAGGAAGAUGGCACAAGAGAAUCCUAAAAUGCACAACUCCGAAAUCAGCAAGCGUCUCGGUGCCGACUGGAAACUUUUGACUGAUGCGGAGAAGAGACCUUUCAUUGACGAGGCCAAGCGGUUACGAGCCAUGCACAUGAAGGAGCACCCGGAUUACAAAUACCGUCCCCGCAGGAAGACCAAGACCCUGUUGAAGAAAGACAAAUAUUCUUUGCCUGGAGGACUUUUGGCGCCAGGUGCCAACGCUGUCAACAGCGGCGUCUCCGUGGGCCAGCGGAUGGACUACACGCACAUGAACGGAUGGACGAACAGUGCGUACUCCCUCAUGCAGGACCAGCUGGCCUACCAACAACAUCCCAGCAUGAACAGCCCUCAGAUUCAGCAGAUGCACCGGUACGACAUGGCGGGACUUCAGUACCCUAUGAUGUCCUCUGCCCAAACUUACAUGAACGCAGCUUCCACAUACAGCAUGUCACCAGCAUACACACAGCAAACCUCCAGCGCAAUGGGUUUGGGCUCCAUGGCAUCGGUGUGCAAGACGGAACCCAGCUCCCCACCUCCGGCCAUAACCUCUCACUCUCAGCGUGCUUGUUUGGGAGACCUGAGGGAUAUGAUAAGCAUGUACCUGCCUCCCGGAGGAGACAGCGCCGAGCACUCCGCUCUACAGACCAGUCGGUUACACAGCGUUCAUCCGCACUAUCAGAGCGCAGGGACUGGGGUGAACGGAACACUACCCCUAACCCACAUUUGAAAGACUCUAAAAAAAGACUAAGUACUUCGGAUACUUGAACAUUUUGAUUUGCAAAAAAGAGAAUCGAAGUUCAAUUUUGUUUUUACAAAAAAAAGAUACUAUUUUUAAUCUCAACGAGCUGUCCGUUUUAAAGAAUUUUAUGACGACAUAUCGGGGACUUCAUUUUGAGUGUUGCGCCCAACUAAAUGAAUUGUAUUGCAAAGGAGCUUUUUAUCAUAAGCUGUAACGCAAUCAAACGUCUGUAGAAGAUUAUUGGACUUCUGACUUGUUUGCCGUCAGAGUUGGUCUCUAUAAAGAAAAGGCACGUGGCUUCGUGAUGAGGCCGUAUUUCAAAAACAAAAAAAUGAAAGAAAAGUGACAGGAGAGUACGUUCACUCAUAAAUGUUUACACUUAUUUUUAGAAUGUCAGUUUUGUUGGCUGUGUCCAAAAUCUGUGUAGUCUUUUGUUCUUCGUUUAUGAACUAGGUUUUAUUCAAAUGAAAGACUGUGCUGGUCGCAAGCGCAAAGUUUGUUUUAUUUAUAGUAAGUUGUUUUAAAGCUUGUGAACCACUGUACGUUUUGUUGAAAUGCUUUUGUUUUGUGAAUAUUCCUUUCUGUAAUGUUAUUGCAGUAUCAGGUUAACCCAUUAUGUGGGACGGAAAGUUUUAUUUAAACUUACGUUUACCAUCCUAUUCCUAAAUGAAUAAAUUUGUUUUUACAAAAA